CUCUCACUCAGUCAGUGCGCCCGUUGGCACAGGGACGAUCGAAAGUGACGCUCCGAUUAGAAAGCCGCUCUUCUGGCGCCGGUGAACCUCGCUGCGGCUCUUCGGUCAGACGCCGGUGUUUUUGUUUCCUUUCCCCCCCCCCCCAGCGUCGUCUUGUUUCCUGUUGUUGUUUUAUCUUUCUUUUCGUUGCGCUUUGGCCAUGAGCUCAGAGGCGGGCAGACAUGUGGCGCAGAGACGCGUUUUGACUAAAGCGUAAAAAAAAAGAGGAGGACGAGGAGAGACAAAAAAGAAAGAAAGGAAGAAGACCAAAGUAAAUCUCCUCCACGGACGAGCAUCCUCCGCGCGCCGUCUCCACCCCGCCGCCUCCUCGCGCACCAGGCGACUCGUGGAUCUCCGGUCCGGUUCCCGCGCGGCUCGAGACCAGACUGAGCGGCCGUGACCCGCCGCGCGUUCCCCGGAGGAGUCGAAGCACAGCUCAGCCCUGGAUCCAAUACUCCUGCUCAAUGGACAGAGCCUCCUCAGCGGCCAGCAGCGCUACCGACACGCCGUGAACCACUCGUUCUCCCUGGCUGGAGCGCCUCUGGGGGUCUGGAGGAGGAUGGAGCGAGGAGGGGACAGUCCCGUCACCCAGGACAGUCCUGAGCGGAGGGGAGGCAGCCCGGACCUCAGCGGCCUCCCGCCUCCGGGGAAGAAGGGCCGGCUGGAGCUCAACGGGAGCCCCACCGGGCCGCGCCCACGCCACAACGGAGCCCCGCCGAGGCCCCUGGGAGGUCUGAUGAUUCCGGUCUUCUGCGUGGUGGAGCAGUCGGAUGGAGGCAUGCAGACGGACGCAUGCGAGGGAAGGGAGGAGCACGCGGAGUUCGUGCUGGUCAGGAAGGAUAUUCUCUUCUCUCAGCUGGUGGAGACGGCCCUGCUGGCCCUCGGCUACUCCCACAGCUCGGCGGCUCAAGCUCACGGCAUCAUCAAGGUGGGGCGGUGGAACCCGCUGCCCGUCCACUUCCUGACGGACGCGCCGGAAGCCACGGUCGCCGACAUGCUGAUGGAGGUCUACCACAUGGUCACGCUGCGCAUCCAGCUGCACAGUUUCUCGAAGCUGGAGGAUCUGCCCUGCGAACAGUGGAACCACGCGACGGUGCGCAACGCUCUCAAAGAGCUGCUGAAGGAAAUGAACCAGAGCACUCUGGCCAAAGAGUGUCCUCUGUCCCAGAGUAUGAUUUCCUCCAUAGUGAACAGUUCCUACUACGCCAACGUCUCCACCGCCAAAUGCCAGGAGUUUGGUCGUUGGUACAAGAAGUUUAAGAAAAUCAAAGUAGAUUACCUGGAGAAGAUGUGGUCCGGACGAGAUGCUGCCGACAUCAAAAUAGAGAGAGACAACAUGGCGGACUUCUGCGUGCUGGGCCAGAGACCUCCUCCCCCUCACCUGCCCGGCCUUUCCCAGCUCGCUCACCUGGGAGGCGGCGGCCCCCUCCUCAAGGCGGGUUCCGGGGACCCGCAGGCGCCCUCCCAGCAGCCGCCGCCGCCGCCGCAGCAGCCUCCCCCGCCCCAGCAACAGCCCUCGCCCCACGGCCCCCACCACCACAGCCCUCCCCUCCGCACGGGCCAGGGGCCUCCUCCUCCGCCGCCGCCGCCGCCGCCCGGCUCCAUGCAGCCCCUGCUGGGCCCCGGCGGGCUGCUCUCCCCUCAACUCUCCCCGCAGCUGGUGCGCCAGCAGCUCGCCAUGGCCCACCUCAUCAACCAGCAGCUGGCCGUAAGCCGCCUGCUGGCCCAUCAGCACCCACAGGCCAUCAACCAGCAGUUCCUCAACCACCCGCCAAUCCCUCGGGGUUCGUCCAAAGCCGGCGGCGGCGAGCAUCCCGGGAACAACCCGUCGGCCGCCGAGGUCUCCUGCGAAAUCUACCAGCAGGUCAGAGACGAGCUGAAGAGAGCUAGUGUCUCCCAGGCCGUGUUCGCCCGUGUGGCUUUCAACCGCACACAGGGGCUGCUGUCGGAGAUCCUGCGGAAGGAGGAGGACCCUCGCACGGCCUCGCAGUCUCUGCUGGUGAAUCUGAAAGCCAUGCAGAACUUCCUCAACCUGGCCGAGAGCGAGAGGGACCGGAUCUACCAGGAGGAGCGGGAGCGCACCAUGAACCCGUCAGUGGGGCUGCCCGCCUCCAACUCCUCCAACCCCGGCCCGCCGCGCCUCCCACAGAAAGUGUGGGAGAGGGGCCUGGAUGACCAGAUAACCCCCGAUACCUGGGCCUCCAUCUGGAAGAACAAGACUAAGAUCUCCAACUCGCCCAAGCCGCCGGGCCCGACCUCUGACCUCCCGCUGAAGCUGGAGUCGCUGGUCAACAUCACGUCGGGCAUCUACGACGAAAUCCAGCAGGAGAUGAAGAGAGCCAAAGUGUCUCAAGCUCUGUUCGCCAAGGUGGCGGCCAACAAGAGCCAGGGCUGGCUGUGUGAGCUGCUCCGGUGGAAGGAGAACCCGAGCCCGGAGAACCGCACCCUGUGGGAGAACUUGUGCACCAUCCGGAGGUUUCUGACGCUGCCGCAGACCGACAGAGACCUCUCGUACGAGGAGGAGUCCAGACACCAUCACUCGGAGAGGAUGCACACCGUCCUCCACCUGCCGCAGGACGCGCAGCUCUUCUGCUUUUCUCGCCAGGCGCACCACAGGCCGCCCCCGACCCCGAUGAAGGAGCCCCGGCUGUCUCCGAUGCGCGAGGAGCGGUCGUCGUCCGCCCCGGCGAGUGAGGAGGCGUCUCAGGGCGCGGGCACGGGGGCCGCGGGCGGCGGCGCCGGCGGUCCGCCCGGCGCCGGCGGCGGGAGCAACAAGAAGCCGCGAUCGCGCACUAAGAUCUCCCUGGAGGCCCUGGGCAUCCUGCAGAGCUUCAUCCAGGACGUCGGCCUGUACCCGGACCAGGAGGCCAUCCACACCCUGUCGGCGCAGCUCGACCUGCCCAAGCACACCAUCAUCAAGUUCUUCCAGAACCAGCGCUACCACGUCAAGCACCACGGCCGCCUCACGGAGCUGGGCGAGGGAGCCGCCGCCAGCGGGGGCGUGGACGUCAGCGAGUACAGAGAAGAGGAGCUGCUCUCGGGCUCCGAGGACCCGGAGUCCAGCGAGGACGGAACCGAGGAGAUCUACCCGUCGGCGGAGGGGAACGGCGCGAGCGCACCGGGGGCUAACCAGCACCCGGCCUCCAACUCGGGCCCGUCGUCCUCGGGGAGCAACGUCGCCCAGGAGGAAGGCAAGGACAAGGGGCACGGCCGGCCCGGCGGCCCCCUGGGGCCCGGAAGCUCCUCCUCCAGUCCCAGAGAGCAGGCCGACUACCAGAGGUAGAGACUCGCACGAGAGAGAGAGAGAAAGAGAGAGAGGGAGGGAAGAGAAAAUGAAUCGAGGCGACGGUCAGGAAACCAUCAGGCUGAAAACACUUUACAUCACAAGACGGACCCUUAAAUAGUGAAAGACAUCUGUGAACGCUUGAUGUGCGGAGUGAAAUUACCUCAGCAGAAAAGACGGUUGUGUAACUGUGAACGAAAGUUUUCCUCCCGAAAAAAACAUUUCAACCAUCCGCCCCCAAAUGCUCUCCUUCAACGCGGUAUUCCAUUGCUGCCAUUCCUCCAACUUACAUACACAGAAGCGCCAUGUGUCUCCCGAUCAGCUGAUCGAUCCCAUAUGGUUGAAGCUGGGGGGUGGGGGGGGCUUUUUGAGAGCUCUACAAUCCUAUAAAUCCUCAGGAUGCCCACUGACGUUGCCUCCUCCGAGAAGAGAAAUGACCAGCACCACCCGGCGCCGACCUCGACGUCCCUCUCCAGCAUCACCACCAGUCGGAUAGAGCACUUGCUGUUCACCAAGACACUGAUGUUUCGGGGGUGUGAUGUACUCUCCCCCCCCCCCCCCCCCCACCUCCCCCUCCUCUCGAAGCGGACUAAAACAGAGGGCGACGUGGACUCACGGCCUUCCCGGCGUACGGGGAAGGGCCGGACGGAGCGGCGGAGGACCGGCCAGCGGACAGCCGGUCACUUUACGCGCGGCGGUCCGGCCCUCUUCCACUCUCCCUCUCCUCUCUCCCCCCUUUUCUCCCCACUUUAAUUGUCGCCCACAGUCUUGUGUUUCACCACACCUACCGGCACUUAAACUUCACCAACCCUAUUUAUUGCUAUCUUUAUCCAUGAUUAUUAUUAUCAUUAUUGUUAUUAUUGUUGUUAUUAUGGUCAGAUUCGCUGUCAUCGCGGGCUAUUUUUAGUUUUUAUUUCCGCGGGGUUUAAAUAUCGGUGUUUGGAGCCGGGCGGUGGUUUUGGUCAGAGCGCUCUGCCCCGAAGGAAGAAAAGCCGCGGUGAGUGACAGAAAAUCAAAACGAAGCAGUUACUGAGUGUUACUAGUGCUGUCAUGUUAUUUUGCCCUUUUUAUAGUUCUGUAGCUCAAAAAUACUAAAUGAGAGAAAUAACUGAAUAAGAAAGAAGAACUCUUGUAUUUGACUUGUUGAUGACAAUCUACUUUUUUGAGCCUUUAUGGAAACGUGGCAGGUUGGUUCUUCACCUUUGAUGUUUGUAAAUACCCGACCUGGGACGAAUUGUUAUUGAUAUACUUUUAUUUUUUGCAGAGUGACUUUAAGUGUUUGAGCCAGUUUGAAGUAUCGGAUUUUUUUGUUGUUGUUGUUUCCAUUCCUUUGGACAACUCUGUUAAUUUCAUUGUUCCAGGAAAAUUCAAUCACAGGAGUAUUUAAAAGAAUUCAAACUGUUUUUUAAAUGUUUUUUUUUUUUUGUUGCUUGGUGUCAGUUGUGUACAAGUAUGUUGAUAAAGAAUAUAUAUAUAUCGGAGAACGGAUAGUGUCCACGUUGUUUGACUAUCCUGAUCGUCUGCCUUUUAAUCAUGACGUUGACUCCAAUCACUCCGUGUGACGAUAUUGUGUUUUUCUGUACAGGAAUCAGGGUUUGCACACAAAUGCAGUUCCAAUGAAAUAUUAGUUCAUCCAGCGUUGACGUGAAUUAAAAAUUGUGAAUUCAAAAA